AUGUGUGCCAGGGAGGUGUUUUGACAGCAACUGGCGCGAUGAGACGGAUACAAGGCAUUAUCGCCCUUACCCUGCUGUGCGGCGCGUGUCACGUGACUGGCUUUGGGUCGUACAGAACAGAGUUACCCAAUGGCGAGCGAGUCCCCCAUCCAUGCAAGCCUAACUACUUUUGGAAAGGGGUAGGGCAUGGUAAUGAAGAAGGGGGUGGAUCAAGAAAUCAGUUUGGUUUGGAUUUUGCUGCCAACGGACAUCAGUGGACACAAGCGCUCUGUAGCGCCGACUCGGACGGGGACGGAAUGACCAACGGGCAAGAACUCGGAGACCCCGGAUGUACAUGGACCAAAGGUUCCAUUCCAACCAAUUUUGAUGGCAUAACACAUCCUGGUGUAUGUACCCCAUACAACACCACACAGUGUGCGGGGAAGAAUGACUGGGUGGAUUGCCAGUCCACCCCGAUGCUCGACUGCCCAGCAAUACAAAACCCAGACACACAGAACAUAACACUGCGGUUCCCCCGAGUAGCCGUACCGGCCAAGGAGACGACAUAUAUGUGCAUGGUGUUUGACAUACCCAGCGAUCAGGACUACCACAUGAUAGCCUACAAACCUGAGAUCGACAACGACAACGUCAUGCACCACAUCGUCAUCUACGGCUGCGAGGAAUCAGACACGGCCGCGCCAACAGCACCUUAUGAGUGCGACAUGGGAGCUGGUUACAAGUGCAACCUCAUGAUUGGAGGUUGGACGCUGGGUGGUGCGGGGAACUGCUUCCAUGAACAAAUGGGCAUCUUGUUUGGGAAGAGCAAAUAUAAGAGAUUUGCCCUGGAGUUUCACUGGAACAACCCUCAACUUGUGGACUCCUGGCAUGACUCCUCUGGAAUGACUAUUUACUACACACAAAACCGGAGACCUAACAAUGGCGGGAUCAUCUCCCUAGGCCAGAACUUCCUUGAGAUACCUCCGGGGAAAGAAAGAACGACCUUCACCUCUAAAUGUUCCUCGGACUGUACCGGGGCAGCACUGAAUGGCCCCAUCCAAGUCACCGGCGCAAUCAAUCACAUGCAUUACCUUGGAAAUGCCCAGUUUCUGGAGUUGCGCCGGAACGGAACGAGGGUGCGUUACAUCACGAAUGAACCGGAGUUCAGUUACGAUGACCCAACAUUCUAUACAUUUGACACGCCAAUCACCGUCUUGCCCAACGACGAAUUAAUAACGACGUGCGAGUACAAGUCCACCUAUUCUAAGAAAUGGGUCCACUAUGGGGAUGCCACUUCUGAUGAGAUGUGUUUCACGUUCCUCAUAUUCUACCCGGUUGAAGCCAUGCCUGACCCCUACUGCACAAGCUGGAAGUCAGUCGAUGUCUGCGCCCUCGGGACGAAGCCGUUGGUGGUGGAUGGAUGCAAUGCAUUUGGUUUUGUGUUCGGAUCAGACCCUGCCUCCGCUGAAGUGAUUGAUGAGGUCAAUGAGAACUGUUUCUUGGGAGGUACCUGCCACGAUGAUUGUAAACACGCCGUGAUGCGGGCUAAGGCUCAUCCCUGUAUGAAAGAAGGCGACAUCAAGCACUAUGUGACUGACAUGAUGCAGCGUAACAAGGAUGGGUUGUCGUUCCUGAGACGCAUGGACAUGUGUGUUAUAACGAAAGAUGAUUACAACUAUCCCAAUGUAGGUGUCGGCACAGCGGGGUCGACUGUGACAGUCCUUGCAGUGGCGAUGGCUGUUCUUGUGUAAUGAACUCCAGUGAUUGAAGGAAACUUGAUAUGGACUUCCGGAUGGACUAUUCUACUUUUUUAGCAAUCUCAUACCGCUAGAUCUGAGGGCAUCCAAUGACAGGUCCCUUCAGGACGACGUCUCGGGAACUUUGACCGACCAAUGAAAUGACUAACAGGAAGUCUACAUCAGCCAAUCAGAAAGCAGCUUUCUCGAGCUUUAAGGCACUAGUUUCACACUGGCGACUUCCAUUCCAGAAUACGCUUCGAAAAAUAGUUUGACAAA